UCUCUCUCUCUCUCUCUCUCCCUACUCCUCUCUUUCUUUCUCACUGGCUCCUCUCCCUGUUCGUGCGUCUCUUUUCUUUUCGGGGGUUCUGCCCAGACUGCCCAGUCAGUCAGCCCCCCUUUUCUCCCAGCGCCGGCAAAGCUGGUAGCGAUGGGGCGGCUUCAUUUCAGCACCAAGGAGAGCGCUGGACUUUUGCUGCUUUGUGUGUGUGGUGUGCUGGCGCUGUCCGUGGUGCUGGCGGAGCAGGAGGGAGAGAACCUGUCUGGACUGUCUGACAACCCGGACAAAGCCAUCUUCGCGGUCCGCGAGAACGGAACGACGUGCCUGAUGGUGGAGUUCGCCGUCAAGUUCCUCGUGCCAUAUGACGUGCUCGCGCUUAAUGGGAUAGACCUUAUCACAGAGCAGGCAUCUUUCAUGCUACCUCGUGGAGCAGACAUCGAGGGGAAAUGUGGGACCACUGAGUCAGACAUCCACAUCUCCUGGAAGAACAAUAACUAUAUCCUCCGCAUUUACUUCUCCAAGGAGUUCCGUGAAAAGAAUAUUGAGGUGUGGAAGAUCAACAAAAUCCAGUUUGUCUACGACACUUCGGAGACAUCGCACUUCAUUAACGCGUACAACCCUGGAAAGCACACAGCCAGCACCCACAAGCUCUCAGCCCUAGUGACUCCAGCUGGGCGCUCCUAUGUGUGCACGUCCCAGCAGACCGUCACCCUCAUCUCGAGCGACCACCAGAAGGGCAUCACGAUCUCCAUGUACGACGCCCAGAUCCAACCCUUUGACAUCGCCUCAGACUUCAUGUUCAGCGAACCUUAUAAGUGCAUCACAGACCAGCGGGAACACCUAGAGGAGACCCUGCCCCUUAUCCUGGGCCUCGUUCUUGGCCUAAUAAUAAUCAUCACGCUCACCAUCUACCACUUCCACCUCAAGCUGACAGCGAAUCAGCCACAGCUCCCCAGAGAUCGCUCCAUGUACAAGAACAUGUAGGCCUGUAAUGCGUCAGCGGCUCCCUCAACUCUCUCCAAAGCUCUCCUAAUGACAGAUUCGUCUCCUCAACGUCCUGGGCCUGUAAUGCCACGGAGGAUCGUGUCCCCCACACUGGACUGAGUCCCUAAUUGGAAAAUGUGAAUGGCCUCCACUGACCGCAGGAGCUUCUGAACUAUUAAAUUACAAGUUAUUUGGACAGUUAGGGGCACAGCAUGAGUGUAUGUGGAGAGUAAACCCACUAAAAUCGAAUUAAUAUGACUGCUGGAUUUAAGCUCAGUGCCAUAGGUAGUCGCAAUUACAAUAGAAUUAUCAUGAAAAUGUUUUCCCCCCCAAACUUUACCCAAGCUGGUUUAUAAUUUGCACGACGUUUGACCUAACUUGUCUUUCAAGAGAUUUCUAAAUUUCCUGAUCUUCAGCAGUUUUCCUGUUCUCGCUCCAUUUGAAAUAGCUGCUAUCGGACUCUAUCUGCAUUUGUAAACUUUGUUCCUUAUUUUGGUUCUCAUUCCUGUGCUCAUACAUCCAGAAUGCAGCCAUAGUGUUGACAGUGGACCGUCUUGUCGUGUACAGUGCAGUUUUGCCUUGGCAUCAGACCCGUUCUCUGCACCAAUGUAAGAAAGGAAUCAAAGAAGGAAAAAUAUAAAAAGGUCAGAUACAAAAGAUCUUGAAAACUUGAGAAAAAGACGCCAGAGUACGUAUUUCUGAAAAUGUGGGGAGGUUAAUAAAGAAAAUAUGUGUAUAUUAUUUUUAGAGUGAAAGUCUAUGCAUAAAUCUCUGCUGAUGCAAUCAUGUGCAGUAUUCUGUUCUGUUUGAAAUAAAUUGCUGGAUACAUCCUUA